AGCCCGUCCGCUCCUCGAAGAAGCAUUCCUUUAAACUUCAUCAAAUAAUCAAUCAAUCGCUUCAAAUACACACCCCAGAAUCUUAUCCAACCUUUUACUUCACUUUUCAAAUCACAUAAAACAAAAUGUCUGCUGGAAUGUCCAACGUCGGUGGUCGAGGCACCUACGAGGCCGGUGACCAGCGCAACGCGCCCGCCUCCGCUAUCAAGACUGCGGAGAGAUACGAGGAGGGCCAGGUCCACAGCCACAGCACCUUGGACUCCAAGGACGAGAGAUCUAUUGCCAACAAGCUCGCUAGCGAGUCAAAGAGCGGUCCUGGAAAAGAGCCGAAAGAAGUUUCGGAGACCAAGAAGGACUCAACACUUCCUGCCAGGAACCACGGCAACGAGCCCAGCAAGGGCGCCAAGAUUGACCAGGAAUUGAAGGAGGAGGAAGAAGCUGCCGUUUCUAAGAAGGGUGGCUUCGGCUCCAAGGCCCAAUAAGCAUUGACGAUACGAAAUUCUUUUUAAAAGCGAUUUAUGGCGUUUAUGAUGCAUGAUGCUCUUGCAUUCAGUUUCAAAAGAUAUCCCUUUUGUGGCUGCCAGCAGGCCUAUGUAAAUAUAUCUCUAAUCGGGAACCAAAAAUUUUAUUUCCCUUUUGA